CUGCCCGUCAAUUAAAUAAAAUUUAAAAAAAAUCUAAAUGCUGUUAGGAAUACUUCUUAUGUUUCCACGUAAAAGAAAAAAGCGGUACCCACCGUAGUAGGAGAGAGCGAGAAAAAAAGAAAUAAAAGUAGUUUAUUUGAUUUAUUUCAAAAGUUGUUUUCCAUGGUUAAUACUACUAAAGAACUUCAUCAAUGGCGGAUAUUUGCUGUGGAAUAGUUGCUGAUAAUGGUGAGAAUAAUCCUGUAGUUGAAUCUUCCUCUUCUCGUGCUGCUAGGAGACGUAGGAUGGAAAUCAGACGGUUUAAAUUUGUAGCUGGUGUUACGGAUUGUAAUGACUAUGAUCGAGAUUCCCUUACUGAUUCGACCAAGAGGCAGAAGACGGAAAUCUCUAGGGAAUGUACGAAUAAUUGUUUUGUUUCAGAUGAACGUGUACGAGAUAUGAUUUCCGAAGAUCAGGAUACUGAUGAUAAGAAAUUUAAACCGAAAGAUUCAGUUAUUAAUACGAUUUCGAUUUAUGAACCUAGACCUUUUUCUGCGAAAUCAGUUCUCAACAUUGAAACAUUCAACGUAAUACCUAAAUUCGGCUUCGCAUCAGUUUGUGGAAGACGACGAGAUAUGGAAGAUGCAGUCGCAGUUCACCCGUCGUUUUUCAAAACGGAAAAUUCCGUCGCUUCUGAACCGUCGCAUUAUUUCGCUGUUUAUGACGGUCAUGGUUGCUCUCACGUAGCGAUGAAGUGCAGAGAAAGAAUGCACGAGUUAGUGAAGGAGGAGCUAGUUAACUCAGUUCCAGAAUGGAAAGUAGCAAUGGAGAGAAGUUUUAGUAGAAUGGAUAAAGAAGCAGUUGCUUGGGAUGAAGGUGUAAUUGGUGAUUGUCGAUGUGAAUUGCAAACACCGGAGUGCGACGCUGUAGGAUCUACAGCCGUUGUCGCCGUUGUUACUCCUGAGAAGAUUAUUGUCGCCAAUUGUGGUGAUUCGCGUGCUGUUCUUUGUCGUAACGGAAAAGCUUUGCCUCUUUCGUCCGAUCAUAAGCCGGAUCGACCAGAUGAGUUGAAUCGGAUCCAAGAAGCGGGUGGUCGAGUGAUAUAUUGGGAUGGGCCUCGGGUCCUUGGAGUACUGGCCAUGUCUAGAGCUAUUGGGGAUAACUACUUGAAGCCAUACGUGAGCAGUGAGCCAGAGGUAACAAUAACUGACCGAACAUCGGACGAUGAGUGCUUGAUAUUAGCAAGUGACGGAUUAUGGGAUGUUGUAACCAACGACACAGCGUGUGGGGUGGCGAGAAUGUGCUUAAAAGGCAAAGUACCACCGGCAACAUUGACUCCGGAGGUAGAAGCAAUCACGGGUUUAGGUGAAGGACUGGCCGAUAAAGUAUGUUCCGAUGCUUCGAUGUUGCUUACCAAGUUAGCUUUAGCUAGGCACAGCACGGACAACGUAAGUGUUGUUGUCAUUGAUCUAAGGAAAGAUAAGAGUAACGCCUAAGGAGUAAACAGUAAACAUCCCUAGGAAAUAUAGGGGAAAUCCUUCAGAAUAUCGAUUAUCGUCACACUAGCUAGACCAAGUGAAAAAAUGAAUGGAAAUGGAAAUGGAAAUGGGUUAAACUUUCUUAUCCUCGUAUCCCUUUUCAAGGAUUUUUUAAUCUUUUAUUUUAGUUUUGGUUAACUAGUAAUAUUAGUUAGUGCUCUCUUUUCCUCUGAUUUUUUUGUGAGUCAUGGGAGAGAAGUUAAGAAGAAUUUUCCGAAGUGAAAAAGCUUUGUGGUCGAAUGAAAUAUAGCUAGGGGAAAGAAAUAUCCAAAACUGAAUGAGAACUUGCAAAAAAUUUGAAAAACAUUUUCUAUUUUUUUAUACUAAUUACUUUCUCGUUUCAA